AUGGCACGAUUGACACAGAUAGCUAGCAUCUUGGCGGCUGCUUCUUUCGGAGGCGCUCAUGCAAAUGCCUUCGUCGAGCGUCAAGUUCCCGCCAAUGCUACAGGUGUCAAGACUAUUACAUCACCUCAAGGGGCACAAAUCCGCUACAAGCAGCCCGGCAAGCAGGGUAUUUGCGAAACCACCGAAGGCGUUGAUGACUAUUCUGGAUACAUCAGCCUAAAUGAGAAAACCAAUAUGUUCUUCUGGUUCUUUGAAGCACGUGAGAACCCCCAGGACAAGCCACUUACUCUCUGGCUCAACGGUGGCCCGGGCUCCGACAGCCUCAUCGGUUUGUUUCAGGAACAUGGCCCUUGCAACGUCACGGAGGACCUCAAGACUCAGCUCAAUCCUUAUUCCUGGAAUGAACAAAGCAACAUGCUCUAUCUGAGCCAGCCAGUUGGUGUGGGAUUCUCUUAUGAAACUACGGAAGUAGACGAUAAGGGCAGAUACUCGCUUGUUGAUCCCGACAAAGCGAACACUACAGCAGCCGCAGCUAUUGGAGCAUGGCACAUUCUACAGGCGUUCUUGGAGCUUUCUCCACAGCUCGAUGCGGACAUCAAGAACAUGACUUUCAAUCUGUGGACUGAAAGCUACGGAGGCCACUAUGGACCAGGCUUUUACAACUACUUCUAUCAGCAGAACGAGGCCAUUCGAAACGGUACUACUCAAGGUGUGGAACUACACAUGGACACACUAGGCGUUAUAAACGGCAUCAUUGAUGAGCAGAUCCAAGCACCCUACUAUCCUGAGUUUGCCGUCAACAAUACCUACGGUAUUAAGGCUUACAACGAUACAGUUUACACCUUCGCCAAGCAAGCAUUCUACUUUCCAGGAGGAUGCAACGAUCAGAUUGAAUACUGCAAGCAGUCAAAUCGCAGUACAGAAGAUGGCCAGCUCACAUGCUCGACUGCAAUGACUCUCUGCCGAUCUCUCGUAGAGGAACCUUACUAUAACUUUGGUGAUCGCGGUGUGUACGAUAUACGCCAUCCUUACGACGACCCUACGCCCCCUAACUAUUUCAUGGAUUUCCUCAACCUUGCUUCUACACAGGAGGCCCUGGGAGUCAAUAUCAACUACACAUCUGCUAGCUCAUCUCAGGUAUUCUCCGGGUUUUCCUCCACAGGCGACUUCGUCUACUCCUUCAUUGAAGAUCUCUCCGAGAUCCUUGGUUACGGUGUCCGCGUUGCUCUACUCUACGGUGACGCAGACUACAUCUGUAACUGGUUUGGCGGCGAAGCUGUAUCUCUAGCUGUGAAUCACACCGACAAAGCUGCGUUCAACGCCGCCGGCUACACACCGUUCCUUGUCGAUGGUGUAGAGUAUGGCGAGGUGCGCGAGUACGGCAACUUCAGCUUCACAAGAAUUUACGAAGCAGGUCACGAGGUACCGUACUAUCAGCCUGCGGCUAGUCUGGAACACUUCAAGCGUGUCUUAGAUCAUGUCAUCAUCGCGGACGGGAGCAAGAUUGUUACGGAUGAUUAUAGCACAAACGGGACAGCCAAGGCCACACAUACAGAGUCCUUCGUUGCUUUGCCUCCCACAAGCACGCCGAGUUCUUACAGCAGCUCUGGUGAGAGGUCGAUGAGGAGGGUGAAGCGGAAUUGAUCAGGCAUGUGGUCGAGCGAGAAAGUAUGCAGAACUUAUACGCGGAUAUGAAGCAAAC